UAGUCGCAUAUUACUGAUGGUCACAUUCUCAGAGACUGGAUUACUGUUCAUUGGUUCAGGAAUACCCUCCUGUCUGAGUGGGCAAAAAACGCCAAACAAACAUUAGAUUUUUUUUUUUUUUUUGCUAAUGCUGAUAUCAAGAUGGGGAACAAUCAGUCUGUUAAAAUAACACAUCAAAAGGCAGGUCAUGAUGGCAUACAAGUCAAAAAAGACGAAGCAAAUGGCCACACGAUGUCUGGGUUGGAUUUGACUGAUGCUGUAACCAGUGAGGCAUCAGUUAAGCAGAACACUGAACCUCCUCCUCCUGUGACAGUCACACUUAACGUCAAGCCAACGCCAGCAUCAGUAGAAGCUAACGGCACCAAAGCAAAAGCCCCGACCGUAUCUGUGAAAGCAGCUGGUAACCAAGUCAUUGCUACCACUGUAUCAACUGAGCAAAAAACUCCAGCAGAGUCCAGUACGCCAGCCAAUGACUCACCUAAACAAGUGGACACUCCAAGCAUGUUCAAUAAGAUGUUCAAGAAGAAGACCGGGCCUGUUUCUCCUACAUCUGAGGCAAACACGGGAGCAGAAGCACAGAUCGUCCCUGCAGUACAGACCGAGAGCCAGAAGUCUCAGCCAACGCCUGCGUCAGUAGAAGUUAGCGGCACCCAAGCAAAAGCAGAAGCGUCUGUAGAAUUCAGUGGUACGAAUGAAUCAACUACAUCCAGUACGCCAGCCAAAGAUGCACCUAAACAAGUGGACACUCCAAGCAUGUUUAAUAAGAUGUUUAAGAAGAAGAACGGGCCUGUUUCUCCUACAUCUGAGGCAAACACUGCAGCUGAAGCACAGAUCGUCCCUGCAGUACAGACCGAGAGCCAGAAGUCUCCAACGCCUGCGUCAGUAGAAAUUAGUGGCACCCAAGCAAAAGCAGAUGCAUCUGUAAAAUUCAGUGGUACGAAUGAAUCAACUACGUCCAGUACGCCAGACAAAGACGCACCUAAACAAGUGGACACUCCAAGCAUGUUUAAUAAGAUGUUUAAGAAGAAGAACGGGCCUGUUUCUCCUACAUCUGAGGCAAACACUGCAGCUGAAGCACAGAUCGUCCCUGCAGUACAGACCGAGAGCCAGAAGUCUCAGCCAACGCCUGCGUCAGUAGAAAUUAGCGGCACCCAAGCAAAAGCAGAUGCAUCUGUAAAAUUCAGUGGUACGAAUGAAUCAACUACAUCCAGUACGCCAGCCAAAGACGCACCUAAACAAGUGGACACUCCAAGCAUGUUUAAUAAGAUGUUCAAGAAGAAGACUGAGGCAAACACAGCAGCUGAUGCACAGAUUGUCCCUGCAGUACAGACCGAGAGCCAGAAGCCUGAGCCUACAGACAUAAAGACAAGUACACAGGCUGAGAAAGUGCCACAGGGUGAAACUCCUAAAACUAGCACCACUGAGGUCACACAAGACACCAACCAACCUGAGCAGAGCAGCACCGAGGAAAAGUCAGUUAUGAACUUUUUCAAAAAAACUUUUGUGACUUCAACCAAAACGACAAAAGAAGCGACGGCUAGUCCCGAUGUCUCAAAAGACCAGUCAAAGAAAGAAACUCCACCAGCUCCUGCUGCAAAUGAAGCAGCAAAGGUCCCCCCUCCUCCACCACCAGCACCACCCAAGAUGGAGAGUAAAGCAGAGCCAGCUGUAAAGAAAGACGAAGCCCCACUCGUAGAAGUAGCAGCCACUGUGUCCAAAGAACAAGACACCCCAAGCAAGACCAAAACUAAAGACAGCCCAUUCGGCAAACUCUUCCGUACAAAGUCUGUGGUGACGGAGGAAGCAAAGCCAGUUGAGACGCAGGUAGACGCAUCCAAGACCAGCACCCUUGAGGCCGGCGCCAAAGCCGAACCUCCUCCAGCACCCAAACCAGAAGAAAAGAAAGCAGAGAAGAAACCCUCACCUUUUGCCAACUUGCUUAAACCAAAGGCUACAGAGCCCAAGAAGGAAACUCCUGCAGCCACAACUGCACCUGCAGAGGCUGCACCAAGCACCAAGGCCAAAGAAGAACCCAAACCAGCUGCUCCUGCUGCUCCUGCUGCGGCCUCUCCAGACAACAAGUCGGUGGGGAGUACAGAUAAUUCUUCACCCAGCACUUCCCGCAAACAAGAGAAGAGGAACUCCAUCCAACUGUUCUUUAAAACCUUGGGUCAAAAACGCCACUCUGAUGCCGGAGUGCAAACGGAGCCCGUGGCACCGGAGAAGGCCAAAUAAAAACCUUGCUUUGGGUUCAUUGUCUGCACAGAAAACACGUGUUGCUUGUACAUAGGUAUCCUUAUCUGAAUGUCCUGACCAGACACCAGGGAUUAAUUCCUAUUUAAUCUCCACUAUAGAGGUGAACUGAGAACUAAAGUAUCAUAAACCUGGCCAUUCCAAUGAUUCAUUCCCAUUGCCCAAGACGUCUUGGGUCGACCUUAAACAUUACAAACAUCACAAAACAAAUUGUUUCAAAGGUUUGUGAGAUGUAUGUUGAAAUGCUAUAGAAAGGUUUAAGGCUUUGUAUGUUUUGCAAGAUUUUUAAAGAUUGAGGAGAGCUAAGAAAGGGAUUAUGCAACAUUACAAUGACAUGCUGUUCCUCUUAACAGGAACAUUACAGGAACGUCAACCCUGCCUACACUGCCACUCUUAACUCCUCUAUAUCACAUGCAGGAUGUAUUACAAACACGGUCUUGUUUCCAGCUUCUGUAUUUUUUGGUUUGUUUCAUUUUAUUGGAAGAUCUGAUUUUUUUGCACAAUGAUUCUGUGCACAAUAAUCAUUCAUACGGCUGUAAAAACAAUCUGCAAAGACUUAUUCCUUUAAAGCAUCUCAUCGAAAACCUCCAGUGUCACUCACUCGUUGUUUGGUUAAAAAUACUUAAAAUGUUAACUCUUAAUAAAUUUAGACCCUUUACCCAUUAUAGCUAGUAUUUCAUGCUAACGCAUAUUUUACUUACGGGUUAUCAUGUGACACUAUCGCAUGCAGGCUUAAUUAUUAAAUAGUUUAGUUAUUAGCUUUUCAAAAUGGACACGCCUUUGUUUUUUCUUCUGUUCUGUUACUACUAAAAACAUAUACGAUCUGUAACCAAGCCUUGACUAACUAUAUAUGGAAUAUAUUGAAAUAAGCACUCUGUUUAUAUUGGGGGGAAAAAAAUCCAUCUGGUUUCUCUUACUCUCUCAUACCGAAUUCUCACUAGCUUUAGAUGGAUCCAGUUUAAUUACUUUCUGCGAAAUGGAAUCGAGUAUGAGGAUUUCCGGCUGCAAGAGAACCUGUCCCGAUUUCACAUGUUCAGAAUUGAAAAA